UAAGGAAUCAAUCGACUUGGGGGACAUUUCUUAAGCUCCAGGAAGUUUGUUUUCCUCUUGUUCUGGUAUCAUUGUCAUUCAAAAUAAAAGACUGUGUGGGCACAGUUCAAGAUUUUUCAGUUGCAUUUUACCCCGCUUCAGGACCCUGCAGAGCUAGAAAACUCAGGAGCUCAAGAGAGAUUAUCUUGAGGACAAACACUCUAUUGUGCACAUCAUCAUACUGCAAAGCAAUCCGAGGAAUCCUAAGAAACUGGGUUACUUCAAUUAUUCGUUCCUAUAUCCUCCACAAUUCGCAGUUCUUGAAGCCUCUCAAUUAAAAUUACCCCGCAUUGCUUGGAAAACCACUCAAUAUGGCCUCGAACGGGGAAAAGGUCAAUACAUUGCCAGAUACAAGUCAUCUAGAAGGCGUAAACUAUCUCUUCGGUCAUCCAAUCGCACAUUCUCUCUCACCUCUUCUUCAUCAAACCGUCUACGACAAUCUUGGCCUGAAAUGGUCUCAAAUACCCCUCGACUCGACGGACAUUCCCAAUUUUCUCGGUCUAACCAAAGACCCAAAGUUCUACGGAGCCUCGGUCACAAUGCCUCAUAAGGUAGCCAUAAUACCUCAUCUUGAUGAGAUCACCCAGGAAGGCAAGGACAUUGGAGCUUGUAACACUAUUUUCUUCAAGGAGAAAGAUGGGAAACGGAUCAUGUGUGGUACAAAUACGGACUGCUUUGGGGUUCGAGAUGCUUUUCUCCAGAACCUUCCGGCCGGGACAGACCAAGAGCUCUAUCGAGGAAGACCAGGGCUUGUGAUAGGAGGUGGUGGAGCUUGUCGAUCAGCAGUUUAUGCCCUGCACAAGUGGCUCGGAGCAGGCCCGAUAUAUAUCGUCAAUCGAGACGUCUCGGAGGUCGAAGCAGUGCUAUCAGAUUGCAAAAAGGCAGGAUUCGGCGACUCGUUGAUGCAUGUGAAAAGUGCUGAGCAAGCUAAGACUUUGGCUGCUCCAGGGGCAAUUGUAGCAUGCAUACCGAACUUUCCUCCAAAGACAGCGGAGGAGAUCGAAGCUAGGAAAGUUAUUGAGAUAUUUUUGAAAAAGGAUGAGAAGGGCGCUAUCCUCGAGAUGUGUUAUCAUCCUACACCGUUCACGGAGAUUGCAGAGAUUAGCAAGAAAGAAGGAUGGCAAGUUAUUCUGGGAACAGAAGCGAUGAUCUACCAAGGUUUGGAACAAGAUAGGCAUUGGACUGGGAAAGGUCUUGCAGACCUCCCGAGCAAGCAAGUUCACCACGCGAUUGCACAGGCUUUGGCAGCUCACCAGAAAUGAACGAACGCAUUGAGAUAGAAUCGGUGUAAUUUGGAAGCAAAUAUAGAUUGUAUAUCAACAAACUUUUGG